AUGUCAGAGGGCCCCCCCGAUGAGCUGCUGGCGGCCCUGCACCAGCUCGGCUCUGGCGGCGUCGGCGCGGCCGACGACGAGCUACUGCAGGCCCUUCGCGGCCUCGGCGGGGGCGACGCCAGCAGCGGCCGCGACGACGCAGAGGACAUGUUGUUGGCCGAGCUGGCGUGUAUCGGAGAGGCACGAGGGUCGCAUGAUGGCGUCUGGUGGCUCAUCGGCUGUUGGUUGCUCGAGACCAGCUUGCUCGGAUCAGAUUCGCAGCACGCGGUGUCCUUGAGCGCCAAAUCUACGGAGCUCGGCCUCGACAGGAAGGAUGUGAGGCAGGUGAGUGCCGCCAUGGCAUGCGCUUCCUACGUCAUGGAGAAGAUGCACUGGCACUGCAUCGAGUCGGUCGUUGCGAAUGCUGCAGGUGACCAGGUCCAGCUCAUUGCACAUGUAGACUACAGCACCUACGACGGCGUGGAUUUGAAAUUGCUCUCCCGAUCGUUCAUGCGUUGGGCGAGUUUACACUUUCAUUGCGAAUUCCAUUUCGUUGCCAACAUGCACACGAAGACGAUGUCUGUGAAGCGUGUUUCGGACGAUGUGUCUGGCAUGGUCAACGCAACGCUUUCGUUAGACGAUUUCUGCAUGAUGGUGAGGUUCAGGGAGUCCGCGAGGUCCUGCAUCAGACGAUUGGUUAGAAUCGAGGACGUCAUCUACAUAAGCGAGGACGCUAUCCAGUAUAAGCAGCACGUGUUGGAUAUAUUUUGGGGCAGGUCUCCAGAUAAGAAAGAGGCCAGGUCACUCUUGUUGAAAAUUGCUCCAGGCGACUGGCGAGUUCACGGUGUGUAUCAGCGGCAGAGAAUCGGCGACGAGACCGAAGAACAGGUUGCAGAUCUCAUCUCCGACACGCUGAUCCCUCUCCUGUACUCCCACGCGCCGUUCGAAUACCCCAGGAACAGAUGGACUGGCGUGGACAAAGCGAUGGCUGACCAUGGCAUCCCAUGCUGCAUUCACAACUUGCAGGCGGAGUGUUUUUCCAGUUUCGGGCAGACUUGGGCGAAGUACGGGGUGGAGGACGGGCGGGUAGACGAAGACUGCGGUGACGGUUUGGACGGAGGGGGCGAAGUCGACCUUGCCGACGGCGCUGAGCCUGCACCAGAUCUCCGUGAAGCGCCCAAUGCCGACAUGGCGAAGAAGAACCGCAGUCAUCGCGACAAGGCCGAGGCCUGGUUCCGCUCGUCUCCUGCUGAUCGGCUUCUCGGCAUCAGGCAUGCGGCCGACCCCAUGAUCCACUACAUGCAUUCGAGGCUUCAGCAAUCCAGCGACAAGUGGAAAACGAUGAUGUCAAUGAAAGCUUUACAGGAACAUGGCGACACAUCGCUUUCUCAGGUUCGCGAGUGGCCGUUGCUGGCGUCUGCAUUGGGUUCGUUAGAGGAUCUUGCAUUUCGAGAGCUCGAAUCUAGACAUGAUGAUGCUACGCUGUUCGACUGCUUGCCGCCGCCGCAGGGGCUGCUCUCCCUCUCGAACGUGCUCUUCAAGCUUCUGUCGAGGCAGGCCGCGCUUUUUUCAGAGUUACAUGCAGUGCACAUGGGCUACCCAUUCGCUCUAUUUGCGUUGCUGGUCGAUGCCCCGAGCGCGAAGGAGAGUCUACGAAACUCGUGCAGGAGCAGCAGGGACGACUUCACGAACAGCUUUGUCGACUACUUCGGCAUAGACAACGUUGACAGCGAGUUUGCGCUUGCCGAGCUCACGAUGAUUGCCGUGCUAGUCCAGCUGAAUACUGUGCAGCUCGAGAACGGUAACGCGGGGAUCAAGCACGUGGUCGACGUCAUGAGCACUCAUGUUGUUUUGCCUUCUUUGUCAAGGAUAAGUGGCGACAGGGUCAUGGCUAAACUACGGCCGAAGCUUCGUCAAUGGAAGACGCCUCCUGGCAUGAAGAAGCUUCGGACUGUUCGCAGACAGAGCUUGAAACAGAAGAAGCGAGUUGCCGUGGCCAAGGCGAUUGUUCCGAGCGUGCAGAGCCUUGCGACCAUGAUCCAUGGCGCAGGUUCUGAUGCCAUUGCACUUCGCGGAGCUCGUUCUGAAGAGGCCCAUGGGAUUGCAUCGUCACUCAAGCAGCUGCGGGAGGACGUCAACAAGAAGGCGCAGCCCAUCAUGCUGAGCACCUUCCCCACCAUCACUGAUGAAUCUGAGGGCAUGCAGUGCGAGGCGUUUCAGAAGAAUGAGUGCAUGUCCACGUGGUUCUUUUCUGCCGCCAAGUUCGCCCCGAAGCUUGUUGACACCAUGGCCGAGCACGAUCGGAAGCUGUUGAAAACAUUGGCCACGGAAUGGGACAAACUGCGCUAUGUUAUCGUUCACGCUUCGCAGCCUCUUAUACCAGACGUCCCAGUGGUCAAGAACGAGAAGUGGAGUUGCCAGCGUGCUGGAAUCUGCUUGUGCGACGAGGUCGGCGACGACAGAUGGGCUUUCAAGUUGUG